CGCAACGACAACGACAACUCCAAGUGCCGGGCAGAAGCUAAAGAGUAUUUGGGCUGUCGCAUGGAAAACAAUCUUAUGGAAAAAACAGAAUGGGCGAAACUGGGCUUUCCGGAAAAGGAGCAACCGACAGUGAAAGAGCAGCAACAAAAGCAAUGAAGCCGGAACGCAAUCUUUUAAUUGCAGCCACAGGCAGCGUGGCCACCAUUAAGAUGGUGCAAAUGAUAUCCGAAUUCAGCGACGACAAGCUGCCCUACAAAUUUAAUGUAAGACGUGCUAUGCUUCCACUCUUUCCCUUCACUAACUGCAAAUAUUUUAACCAGAUUAAAGUCAUCAUAACGGAGCAUGCGAAGCAUUUUUUUGAAUUGGAGGAGGUGCCGGAGCAUGUGCCCAUUUUACAUAACCGAGACGAGUGGCUCACUUGGAAUAAACGCGGCGAUCCGGUACUGCACAUUGACCUAGGCAAGUGGGCCGACAUUAUGUUAAUUGCACCCCUCAGUGCCAAUUCUCUAGCCAAAAUAGCCAGCGGUAUUUGUGAUAAUCUGAUGUUGUGCGUGGUUCGUGCUUGGGAUUUGGAGAAGCCACUGUUCUUUGCACCGGCCAUGAAUACACGCAUGUACGAUCAUCCCAUUACGCGCGAGCAGAUUGACAAACUAAUUAAAUGGGGCUACAAAGAGAUUCCCUGUAUAUCGAAAACUCUUAUGUGUGGCGAUACGGGCAACGGGGCCAUGGCAGAGGUGUCCACAAUUGUUUCUAUAGUGGUCGGCACAUUUACAAUGCCUUUGUAAAUACUAAAAACUUUGUUAUAGUUAAAAAUAAAAUACAUUUUGUUAAAUUUAAA